UAUUUCGAGGGAGGUUCCUAGGCAUCAGAAGCAUCGUCGAAUUGCGGCAAUUUCUAGGAGCCAGAUCACGUCGCUUCAGCCAUAGUACGCGCGUUCUAAAGACCAGCGGCACAUUCCCUCUGCAUUGCCGUUCAGCCAGCUUCCAUUAGCGAGAACGCCUCAGCCGCCGUUCUGUGGCGAAACGUUCUUAUCUUCACUUCCAAUUUGUUGGGAAACCAGAUCACUCGGACAGAACAUUUGAGUCGCACAGCGUCGCUGCGCAAGUCAUGGCGUCUGACGAGUCGUCGUCGCGCAUUCAGCUCUACUCCCUGGCGACCCCGAACGGCCAGAAGAUCAGCAUCGCCCUGGAGGAGAUGGAGAUACCGUAUGACCCUCACACGAUCAACAUCAUGAAGGGCGAGCAGUUCACGCCCGAGUUCAUCGCCAUCAACCCCAACAGCAAGAUCCCCGCCAUCGUCGAUCCCAAGGGCGGUCCUGACGGAGCUCCUCUGAACAUAUUUGAGAGCGGGGCAAUUCUGAUGUAUCUGGCCGAGAAGUCAGGAAAAUUCCUUCCCCAGGAUGCAAAGCAGCGGUGGGAAGCUCUGUCGUGGCUCUUCUUCCAAAUUGGGGGGGUUGGUCCCAUGUUCGGCCAGUUCGGCCAUUUCUUCAAGUACGCCAAGGACAAGUGCGACCAUCCGUAUCCCACUCAGCGCUACACCGACGAGACGCGGCGCCUGCUGGGGGUGCUGGAGAAGCGGCUGGAGGGGCGGGAGUUCCUGGUCGAUGCCGGCUACACCAUCGCUGACAUGGCCACCUUCCCCUGGGUCAUUUGCCUCAAGAAAUAUUAUAACGGCGAGGAGCAGCUGAAGCUGGAGGAGUUCCCAAGGGUGCAGGCGUGGACGGAGAGGUGCUUAGCGCGGCCCCUCACUGCUAAGGGAAUGGAUGUGUGCCCCUUUGAAUGACUAGGCGAUUUCGAGACUGCCUGGACUGGACUUAGUGGUGGAUGGAUAGAAGCAUUUAUGCGUAAAAUCGCCCAGCUGGAUUAUCUAACUGAAUAUUAAGCAUUUUUGUGUGUGUUUUUAUACUUAGAUGUUAGGUCUUGAACGUGGUGCAUAACUCCAAAUAUUUCUCACAUAUUCCCACGUAGGUUUUGAAGCAAGGAUCCUCGCUCAACAGUGUACAUGGCGUAUGCUAAACUUGUAAAGGCUUAUG